CCCCAGAGAAUGAAUGAAUGAAUGACUAAACCACCUCAAGCCGUUUCCUAACCCUUUGUGAAAUAGCUUAAUGAUAAGGUGAUUACACUCUUAACAUAUUUUUCAGUCUUUAAUAUUAAGCUCAGUGGUUCUUCCCUAUCAACGUGUUCAGAGAUUUUUUUAUGUUCCUGACAUCCUUUUUAUUAGUUGGACAUAUAAAGAGCAGCACCGUUUCUUGAAUUAGAUCUGGGUUCCUUUGUUUUUUUUUUAGUUUUCUUAGUGGGUUUCCAUGUGACUUUUUUCAAGUCAUUCAGCAGGGAACUGCAGCAAAGGAUGCUGGGAGAUGGAUGCAUAUUUUAUCACAGACAAGAGAGUAUGAAUAAAACAUUUUAUUUGUCUGUUCUCUCCGUCUGGUGGGGGCAUCAAAGGAUUUGAAUCUGGGAUGAAUCACAACACACGUGCGGCGUGUUUCUGUGUGUCCUGCACUGCGACGGUCUUUGUCUGGUAGAAAGAUCCUGCUUUGGGACCGUGAAUGGAGGGUGAGGCAGAGGCUGGAGCAGAGGGGGAGGCGUGUUGUCAUGUCUGACUUCAUCCAUUGCAACAUUCAAAGGUCUCGAGCUGAUCUCAUUCAUAAACAUAUUAGAGAUUCUUUCAUAAACCAAACACACUUCUUCUGCAAAUGUUUCGCCACUUGGAGUUUUCCGACCCAAAUGCCAUCAGAUGCCUUCUCUUCAGCAUUUUAAAGGUUGCUCCUGUGACAUCAGUCCACACUUAGAAUCUUCUCCCACCAUGACCACUGUCGCUCUGUCCCCCAUAAGUCCCGAGUCCCCAUCCCCGAUGCUGACAUCCGUCACCCCGACUCUGGACCUCGGCCCUUCUAGGUCUUCUUCAGGAGCUGUCAGCGUCCCUCUCAAAGAUCUGGACCAGGAAGGUCCAAUGGAAAAGACCUUGUUGACUAAUUCCAGCAGAGGCACCCUGACUGCUGCAGAACCCAACAAUGGACAGGACGUCUCCAGGACAAAGAAGCCCCCGCCUCUCCACGCCGGAGCUGACUGGAAGGUUGUUCUCCACCUCCCAGAGAUCGAGAAGUGGCUGAGAGCGACCAGUGACAGAGUCACCCAGCUCACCCACUCUGCGAGUCAGGACACCGACAGCAGACACGUGGACGUCCACCUGAUGCAGCUCAAGGAUAUCUGUGAGGACAUUUCCGAUCAUGUCGAGCAGAUCCACGCCUUGCUGGAGACGGAGUUCUCCCUGAAACUCCUCUCUUACUCUGUCAACAUCAUAGUGGACAUCAGGACGGUGCAGCUGCUUUGGCAUCAGCUGAGAGUGUCGGUUCUGGUCCUGAAGGAGCGACUGCUGCAGGGUCUGCAGGACUCCAACGGAAACUACACCCGCCAGACCGACAUCCUACAGGCCUUCAGCCAGGACCAGCACCAGACUCGCUUGGAUGCUCUGACGGAGGUGGACGACUGCGGCCAGCUGACCAUUCGCUGCAGCCAGGACUACCUUUCUCUGGACUGUGGCAUCACGGCCUUUGAGCUGAGUGUUUGCAGUCCCAGUGAUGAGCCGGAGACCUGCGGUAUAGAUCCCACGCCUGAGGACUCCAGCCAGGAGAUCGGGGGCAUCCAGGACUCAAACCGGGAGCCUCCCGUUAAUGAGGAGCGUGAAGGAACCAACCCAGCACAGCCUGACCUCCAAAGCGCUCCAGCUGACCUUCCAGUGCUAAGCGCCUCCUUAAACCAAAACCAUUCUUCUGUGCUACCCACAAUGCAGUGCAGCAUGCCCAACCAGGGCGAAAGCUCAAAGCGCAUUCUGCAGAGGGGGAGUCACAGCACGGAUGCGUCACCCACACACCCGUCGCUACCAAAGAGAGCCGCCUUGCUCACCAACCAAGAAGCGACAGACUCACGUGGAGAUGCUGCAAACGUCCAGCCCCUCUUUGACGCCCAGAUUCAUGAGCUGAGCCGCAGCACGCCGUCUCUGGUGGAACCUCCGGACCGCUCCAGGUUCUGGUUGGAGCUGGACUCAGUCUAUCCACAGAACGUGUCGCAGUCCUGCGAGAGCCUGCAGAUGACUGAGCGAGGCUCCGCCAAAUACCCCACGCACAGAACACGCUCAGGAGGGGGCGGGCACAGACGUCUGCCACGCCGGCCAUCCGGGGUCAGAUCCAGCAAAGGCACCCUCCCCGGCCAGAGCUCCAUGUCUCAGGAGGAAGGAUCCGGCCAAAUACAGCAGAGGCAGAAGGAGACACGCUUACGCAGCAAGGGGGACUCUGAAUCCUCCUCGCCCUCCCCCCUGAAGGAGCAGCUUCAUUCCUCAGACACAGAGGCGUCCCGAGAGGAGUCCGACCCUCAGCUGCACCCCACCAAGGCCACAGUGUGGAUCGUGAAGCAGCAGGGAGAGGAGGCUCAGGUGCCGGCCUCGGGCGGGGAGCACUGGUACGGUUCAGAGGAGUUCCUGGCUCUUCCUGCUCAGCUUCAUAAAACAGAGAUGUUGACGCUGAAACUGGAGAGUCUCACCAAGUCAAUCCCUCAUAGUUCUGGCGAUGGUACCCAGGUGGACCUGCAGGACGUGGAUGACUGGGAGCUGACGGAUUUUACCACAGACUGGGAUGUGGGAGAGAGUGGGGACAGCCUGAGUGGAGAGGAUGCUCUUUCUCCGAUGCAGCAGCCUUACAGGAGGAAGCUGGCCAGGCGCUUCAGCCCCACCUCCUCCAGCGACAUUGCACCCUCAUUGGAUGAAAGCCUGGAGUCCGGCCCCUUCAGUGACCUGCAGUCAGAUGAAGAUGAAGGAAGGAGGUCAGCAGAUCCACGUUUGCAGCAGACAGCACCCCCGGUGGAUGGGAGUGGAUGUGUAGCUCUGGUGCAACAACUGCUAGAGGACAUUCAGUGUCAGAAAAAAGACCCGGACAUGUGGAGAAAAAUUGAGGGUUUUGUGCAGAAGUUGGACGGGUUCAUCUCAUGGCUGCAGGAGGCCCUGGGCAGCACGGAGAACUGGACUCAGCCCAGGCAGGACUUGGACAGCCUGAAGGUGUACCUGGACACUCACCUGAGCUUCAAGCUGAGCGUGGACGGCCACAGCGCUCUGAAGCUCAGCAUCAUGGAGGAAGGCAGAGCGCUGCUCGGCGUCCUCACUUCCCACCACUCGGCUCUUAAGGAUAUCCUCCAUAUGGUUUCCGGCCAGUGGGAUCAGCUCCAGCGGCAGAUCCGGCGCCAGCACGGCUGGAUGCUCCGCACCCUCCGCUGCAUCCAGGCCCGCCUCUUCUACACCAACCAAUCACAGGAGCUGUUAAUGCCUCUGUGGGACUACUCAGCCAAUCGACGGCGCUCAGGCUCAGCAGAAGGCCAAGAGAUGGACCUGGUCUCUAGCCAGUUUAAAGUUCAGAGAGAUGCCCUGGAGAGGAUGGCCAUCAAGCUGAGCCGCCUGGAGUACCCUCCAUCAGCCAACAGCAGGGCCAACGACCGGGAAACCAGGAGCAACAGUCUGCAGGAGUUUGAGUCCGAGUACCAGGAGCUGUGGGAUUGGUUGAUGGACUUGGAUGCCAUGGUGACAGACAGCCAUCACUUGCUGAUGUCGGAGGACCAAAGACAUCAUCUCUUCAAGAGCAGCCACUGCGACAUGAUGAUGAUGGAGGGCAGGAGGACUGGCCUGCUGAGCCGAGCUGCUGCUCUGAGGAGCUCAGGAACUGCACUCCCCACCACCUUCCACGUCAGGAUGCACAAACUAACACAAACGUGGAAACAACUAGAGAAAGUACUCUCUGAGCAUUCAGGACCGCGUUCUUUUGAGCAAAAGCUGCCUUUGAACGUGAACCCUCUGCUGUUGGGAGGCGGGGGCGUUCCCGCAGAGGAACCGCCCUCGGUCCUGUCCCCGCUGACCACCUCGCUGCUGGAGCAGCUGGAGGCUCGUAUCAAGGAGCUGAAGGCCUGGCUGCGGGACACUGAGCUCCUCAUCUUCAACUCCUGCCAGAAACAGGACAAGAACGUCACCGAGCAGCUGCAGAGCUUCCAGUGUCUGUCCUCAGAGAUUCGAGCUCGGCGCAGAGGAGUCUCCUCUGUCCUGAAACUGUGCCAGAAGCUGCUCCUGCAGAGCCAGUCGGGCCCCAUGGCGGAGGUGGGCCCAGAUGCGGAGCAGCACCAGGAGGCCCUCCAGUUGCUGUCAAUCAACCUGCAGAGGCGGUGGGAGGCGAUUGUGAUGCAGGCGCUGCAGUGGCAGAACCGGCUGAAGAGGAAGCUCGGGGAGCAGCAGGUUUCAGGGAAUUUCCUGGACCCGGGUUUGAUGGAACUUCAUCACAUCAGUCCAGUCACAGCUGGUCCGCUUCCACUGGCCUCAGAUGACUCCUGGGAAUGGGACGAAACCGAUAUGACAAUCAGGGAGGCCGAUCUGCAUGGAGCACUGGAGCCUGACCUCACACACGACCUGCCCACGUCAUCUCACCUGCCUUCAGACUGCAGCCCGACCCCGGAGAGACGUCCCAUCCAAAGCAAAAAUCGUGACUCAGCCACACCAAACUGCCGAGCCCUCCCCCCUGACAACAAUAACGUUUAUCAGGUGUUCAGUCUUCAUAACGUGGAAUUGUACACGCAACCUCAGUUUCCCCUGCCGUCCUCCUUACUGCACCAAACCAAAGCAGGAAAACGGAAACAUCAAGUCCUGCUGAAGAGCUUGAGUAAGGACUCCUCCUUUUCUUCCAUUGAAUCUCUUCCGGAUAUCCUGGGAGGUUUGAUGUCCAGCAGCCACCAGCAGGAGGCUGCUGUCCUCGGCAGGAGAGGCGGCAGGAGCAGCGGCCAGUCUGAGAACAGCCGGCGAUCCGACUGUGAAAGCGGGAUUGUGAGUGACACGGGAGACACAGAGACACUGACGACUAAUUCAGAGAGCCAAGGGAAGGAGGAAGACGAGGGUGAAGAAGAGGAAGUGAGAAAGGAUGAAUCUGUGGUUGCUGGUUUCUCCACAGACAGGCAGAGAAGUGAGACAGAAAUGACAGAGAAAGGUUGGAGCGUGAAUCGACAGAGAGGAAAUGAGGAGAAGUGGAGGAGGAACAGGAAGAGGGGAGGAAAUGCUGUUGAAAUCCUGAUCAAUGGUCAUGGGAUCCUGACACCCCCUGACUCAGACUCUGACUUGGAGGGUUUGGAUGUUACCUCCUCCGCUGGCCGAUUAGAGGAUCCAGGUUCCCUCAUCCAUCACCAAAGAAGUCCGGUUGUAUCGCAGAGAUCCUCUCUGGAGUCUCUCCUGGGUCUCAGCGGAGAGCUUUUUCCCUCCAAAGAAGCUCUGCAUCGCAGCUUCUCCCUAGAAAGCUGCCUGAUUUCCUGCUACAGGGAGGAGGCAGAGGAGGAAGGCAGCUUCACCUGCCUGGGAGAUCCAGACCUUCAGGGAGGAGGACCAACGAGGGAACCGGGAGAGCAGAGGAGCUUUGAAAACAUUUGUGGAGGGCCAUCCUCUGGGGAGCUGAGUCAGAGAACUCUGGAUCUCCUGAAACGUCUGGAGAACAUCCAGAGUCCUCUGCGGGCCAAAAUGACCCGCAGCGUUUCUGACAUGACCCUUCGGACCAGCUCAUCUGGGAACAGGAGGUUCUCUGCUUCGCCGCGGGUCAGACGAUCUCCAGUCUCCACAGCUUCAGUGAUCCAGGAAAGUUCAGCAGCAACCUCCCCGACAGAGCUGAGCAGCAACGAGGACUGCUCCUUGGGUUCUGAAGAUUUCAACCGGGUCAGAACCCCUCAGCAGCUUUUUCUCCAUCCAAACAUGCUGGCAAACAGAAACUCCUACAGGAGCCCCAACAACAACAGAGAUGAAGCCGACGCAGCGAGUUUGAGCAUGGUGGUGAACAUCUCCUGCACGUGCACAGAUGAGGAUGAGGAGGACAGCGACCUCCUGUCUUCCUCCACGCUGACCCUCACGGAGGAAGAACUAGGAGUCCGGGAGGAAGAGAACAGAUCAGAGGAGAAACUGAGUGGUGCCUCCUCUGGUAAUGACAUCGAUGAUGACGAUGAAGAGGACAUGGAGGGCUGCUACAUGCUGGGCUUUGAGUACAUGAAGAAGGAGCUUCAAAGCUGGAUUCGUUCUCCUCGUUCAUCAGCGGCCUCCAGAACCGAGGCGGUCCUCUGGGACGAGCUGCAGUGUGGGGGCAUGCUGUCCUCAGGCCUCACAUCUUCAUCACUCACCAAGGACAAGCCUUUGAACUCCACAGCUCCCAAACUGAUGGAGAGCAGGAGUAAAGCCAGGCAGGUUCCAACCAAAGCGCCUCAGGAAGAGGAGGUGAAGGAGGAGAAGGGAAGGAGCAUAGAGAGAAGCUUUGUCAGUCAGUUUGUGGACGACGUGGAGAACGGAAACGCGGAGCCCAGCAGCCUGAAGGGAAAAGACGAGGACGACCUCCUCCGAGAGGAGUCCAGUGUCUUCACCAAGAAGGGAGAGUGUCAGCAGGAGCUGUACCUUCACGCCAAAGCAGGAGAGCCUCUUCCCAGCGAAGGAAACCUGAGAGCGAGCGUGCAGCACAUGUGCUUCUCACCAUCCUGUGAAGUCCUCCCCUUUCAAUCCAAGCCAGCCUCCUCCCUGGUGGGGCAGCUGAGAGGAGAACUGCCCUGCCAGAGUGUGUGCGCCUCCUCCCCUCCUUCCCUCUCCCCGGUGGAAGACUUCAGAUCCCACAAGGCCCCCCACCCCAGUUCUGACGGAGGAAGGAAGGCCAUCACCAUCCAGGAGAAAUUCAAGUUCUCCUCUAUUGUUACUGAGGAGGCGAAGAAGGAGGUCAGAGCGAAAGGUUCUUCUUUGCCUCUCAAAAAACGGGCCACCUGCUGCAGACACCGGUCAUCACCCCCCCAUCCUGUCCAGGACAGCAAGAAGGAGAACGAACGAGACUUCGUCAUGGAGAUCAUCGACAUGACCUCUGUGGCGCUGAAGAGGAAGGAGAACCAGGCGGAAGAACCGGACCGCAGCCCGACCAGCAGCUCGGAUCCAGACCAAAGUCCUGCAUCGGCGGCGCAGAUCCGAGAUAAGGUGCUGGAGCUGUCCCACAGACCGCUGCACCUCCGGAAGGGCGACUUCUACUCCUACCUGUCCCUGUCGUCCCACGACAGCGACUGCGGGGAGGUCAGCCAGUGUAUUGAGGACAGGAGCUCCACCCCGCAGCCCUACAGCGUCCCGGCGCCUGCCCCCUCCACCCCUGGCCUCCAGCUGUUCACGAGCACCACGCGGCACAGCUCCCAAUCUCCACCUCCGUGUCUCCCCUUUGGGGCCGGACACAGCAGCCAACCGGACCCCCCCAGCCCUGGCUCCUGCCUGCCCCCCAGUCCAGAUAUCCAAGACGAGGAGACUCUGUUUCCGGCCUGCACGGAGGAGGUUUACCUCGGCCCACCUCUUUGCUACAGCAUGGUUCUCUCUAAGAAGCCAAGCUUCCUGCUGAGGCCCGGCGUGGAACCGGUGCCUCGCCGCAGCUUCUUUCCCUCCUCAGCGAGUGAAUCGGCCUGCCUCCAAGGGCCCGGCUCCAGACCCGUCAGCCCUCCUCCUCUUCCUCCCACAUCCUCCAGGCUGGAGGAGGAGCAGCGAGACUGUACCUUUGUGAGCUGCAGCCGCCUCCUGGAGCCACCUGUGAGCGGGCUCUCUCCAUCGUAGUGGGGGGUCUGCUCUGGGAUUUAUCUGUGGUUGCCCCCCCACCUCCUGUUGGAUGAGAAGAUUUGCAUUGUCUGGAAGACAGUCGGACUCGUGAGGACUCGUGAGGACCCGUCAGGACGUCACUGGGAUCAUUCUGUGAUCAAGACAUUGAUGAUCCCCAUGUGUGGACUCCAUGUGCUGAAGUCCAAGCUCACACAGUUAGUGAAGGUGGAAAUAAUGUACACACACUUAAUCCGACUGUCAACUGCUACUAUAAAUUAGACCUGGAUUAUCCAGCAUAUUUAGUCAGUAAUCUAACUACUCCAGGGUAAUGAUAGGACAGUGAACUCUGUUCCCUCUUUCACUUUGAUUUUGUUUCAAGCCGUUCUCUCAUUCUGGGCUCCAGCUUUCCAGCUUCUUGGUUUAUGCUGAUCUUUGGUGAAUCCCUGCAGGAAUGCGGUUACAGGAGCUGCAGUGAGAGUCAGAAUGCAGCAGGUUCCACUGGAACAUUUCCACGGUUACGACUGAGCGUCACGUUCUGCUGGAGACGAGGACGGAGCGGCUGCUUCCGUCCUUCACGCCGUUCGUCUUUCACACUAUAGUGUCUGUAUGUUACGCUCACAUCUGAGGCUGCAGCUGGAAUGUCAAUAAAUGCUUACAUGAAAAAAUAUUCUAAAUGUAUUCAGUACUUAUUUAAGAACUCAAACUCUCGCUGGCUGUUUUCUGUUGAUCACGAAAAUCAAUAAUCAGAUCUGGAUUAAGUCUGAGUGACAGUCUAACCCUGCCAGGAUGAGGCCUUUCAUUCAGUUUUUUUGUUUUGUUUUUCAGAUUAUGUAAUCCAUGUAUAGUCUAUUGGUUUUUGUGUUUGGAUUACAUGUUUGUUUUAUUCUUUUAUUUUAUUUUUUCAAACCCACCUCACACCAGGUUAAGCUUUUUUGAGCUUGCUUCACUGUCUACUCACGACGGCCAGUCUGUACUGAUCCGUGCCAGAUCUGGUUUGUUCUUCAUGACCCUGUGCCGCUGUUUUCCCGUUUUAGACACUCGUAAGUGUUUAGACGUUUGGAGGGCAAAUCCUUUUCAUUCAUUAAAGUGCUAACCAUUUGAAACUUGAUCAUGGAGGAGAAAUUAUUAAUUUCGUUUCAUGACACCAAAUCUGUCAUGUAUCGGAAUAGAGCUGUGAGAGAAGCCUGGAGCAAGAUUUGCACCAAACCUCUUCCAAUUGUAGGCACAUGAGCUAGUAUUACAUAGCGACAGUCUAGUGUAUGAACUACAUGAUAAAAGUGCGUUCUGGAAACUGCGUUUGGAACGUGCAUCUCAUGCCCGUUGUGAACGUAGCAUGAGAAAGAGCCCAGGCCUGUGAAUGUGUUUUACAUUUUCCACGUUGCUGAAGUUUGCUUUACGUUAUGUUUUUUAUGUCGGGAGGUUUUAUGUUACGGACUUUAGAGCUUUGGAGAUUGGGCACUUUUGGGAUCACAGCAGAUCCAACUAGCGCCCGAGGCCAAUGAACUCUGGAAACCGGGCCUGGCAUCGUGUUCAAGCACAGAUUGAGCGUCCACUGUGUAAAAACUAACCGGGCUCAAACAACAUUAACCCUGUGCGUCACGAGUAACCGUCUGAUUCCCUUAUCAGUUUUUUCACCCUGUUCAUGCCUAUGUUUUGUCCUGAAAUCUUUUUUUUUUUAUCAUGCUUUCAUGUAUAAAAUAAAUGAUUUGGUCUGAGUAUUCAUAC